CGCUCGCUCGCGCAGCGGCGGCAGCAGAGGUCGCGCACAGAUGCGGGUUAGACUGGCCGGGGGAGGAGGCGGAGGAGGGAAGGAAGCUGCAUGCAUGAGACCCACAGACUCUUGCAAGCCGGAUGCCCUCUGUGGAUGAAAGAUGUAUCAUGGAAUGAACCCGAGCAAUGGAGAUGGAUUUCUAGAGCAGCAGCAGCCUCAGUCCCCCCAGAGACUCUUGGCCGUGAUCCUGUGGUUUCAGCUGGCGCUGUGCUUCGGCCCUGCACAGCUCACGGGCGGGUUCGAUGACCUUCAGGUGUGUGCUGACCCAGGCGUCCCUGAGAAUGGCUUCAGGACGCCCAGCGGAGGGGUUUUCUUUGAAAGCUCCGUCACCCGAUUUCACUGCCAAGAUGGAUUCAAGCUGAAGGGCUCUACAAAGAGACUGUGUAUGAAACAUCUGAACGGAACCCUAGGCUGGAUCCCAAGUGAUAAACCCGUCUGUGUGCAGGAAGAUUGCCGCAUUCCACAAAUUGAAGAUGCCGAGAUUCAUAACAAGACAUACAGACAUGGAGAUAAAUUAAUCAUCACUUGUCACGAAGGAUUCAAGAUCCGGUACCCUGACCUGUACAACAUGGCUUCAUUAUGUCGUGAUGACGGAACGUGGGACCAUCUGCCCAUCUGUCAAGGCUGCCUGAGACCGCUUGCCUCUUCUAAUGGCUAUGUGAACAUCUCCGAGUUCCAGACCUCCUUCCCAGUGGGAACUGUGAUCUCCUAUCACUGCUUUCCUGGAUUCAAACUCGAGGGGUCGGAGUAUCUCGAGUGCUUACACAACCUUAUCUGGUCGUCCAGCCCACCCCGGUGCCUUGCUCUGGAAGUCUGUCCGCUACCUCCCAUGGUGAGUCACGGAGAUUUCAUCUGCCACCCGCGGCCAUGUGAGCGCUACAACCACGGAACCGUGGUGGAGUUCUACUGCGAUCCCGGCUACAGCCUCACCAGUGAUUACAAGUACAUCACCUGCCAGUACGGGGAGUGGUUUCCUUCCUAUCAAGUCUACUGCAUCAAGUCAGAGCAAACGUGGCCCAGCACCCACGAGACCCUCCUGACCACGUGGAAGAUCGUGGCGUUCACGGCGACCAGCGUGCUGCUACUGCUGUUGCUUGUCAUCCUGGCCAGGAUGUUCCAGACCAAGUUCAAGGCCCACUUUCCCCCCAGGGGGCCUCCCAGGAGUUCCAGCAGCGAGCCCGACUUCGUGGUGGUAGACGGCGUGCCCGUCAUGCUCCCGUCCUAUGACGAGGCUGUGAGUGGCGGCUUGAGUGCCUUAGCCCCAGGGUACCUGUCCUCCGUGGGCCAGGGCUGCCCCUUACCCGUGGACGACCAGAGCCCCCCAGCAUACCCCGGCUCAGGGGACACGGACACGGGCCCGGGGGAGUCAGGAACCCGUGACAGCGUCUCAGGCUCUUCGGAGCUGCUCCAGAGUUUGUAUUCACCUCCCACGUGCCAAGGGGGCACCCGCCCCGCUUCCGACAACCCUGACACAGCUCCCAGCACGGCGGGGGAGGUGGCAUCCACCAGCCCAGGCAUUGACAUUGCAGAUGAGAUCCCUCUAAUGGAAGAAGAUCCAUAACUGGAAAAAGUCCCGAUGAUUCUGCUGCCCCUUUGGGGAUGGGCACCUUGUACUUUGGAGUGAGGCCUCUGGAGGACAGAGCUUGGGGGGGGAAUGGAGGAAGUUUUCUAAUUUAUCAACAUGGGGACAGUGACACAUCGUACA